UUGUACGCUUUAUAUUUUUCUUCUAAAUUUGUACAUAAAUCCACCAAGCAAAAUGUUGUAUUUGGAGGAUUAUUUGGAGAUGAUCGAGCAGCUGCCGAUGGACUUGCGGGAAAGGUUCACGGAAAUACGUGAAAUGGAUCUGCAAGUGCAAAAUGCUAUGGAUAAUCUUGAUGAUCGGGUAAAGAAGUUUUUUGAGGCUGCAAAGAAGACAAAACCGGAGGCAAAAAUCUAUGAAGCUAUUCGAAAGGAUUAUUACAAAGUACUAGAGGACUGCGAUGAAAAAGUGCAACUGGCCAACCAAGUUUAUGAUCUGGUCGACCGCUAUCUUCGUAAACUGGACCAGGAGUUGAAUAAAUUCAAAAUGGAAUUGGAAGCCGACAAUGCUGGUAUCACCGAGGUUCUUGAAAGACGGUCCUUGGAGCUGGACAUCCCACAAAAACAGAUGCAGGCACCAACGAGAGGAGAAAAAAGGAAGAAUCACUUUGACAAUCAUGUCGAUAAGAAGUCUCAGUCGGAAAAGAAACACUUGUCCAACCUCAACGCUGAUAUGAACCAGGACAUGCUCAGCUUCCGUUCAUCCAGCCUGACAAUGAAGGGAGGUUCCUCGCUACUGGAAGGCAGAGACUCUGCGUCGGCCCAACCCGCCCUGUCCUACAGUCUCGGCCAUGUUGGUGCAGGGAGCAAUGCCAUUGCUCUAGCCGCAGCUCAAGCUGUGUCUAACACAUUACAGAUGCAACAAGGAAGGCGCACAGCCAGCCUGAAAGCAAGUUACGAGGCACUGAAGUCUGGAGGGUUCAGCGGACUGGGUGGAGUCGGGAGAGAUACCAGUCAAGCGUCAUCAAGUACUGCAGCCACUACAUCCUCCACACCAACAACGACAGAGAGUGGCAGGCAUAGGGGUCGAAGCAGGAACAAUUCGCGAGCGUCCACCCCCAGCGUGACCAGCGCCCAGCUGCAGCCCCAGUCAGCGGUGUCGUUACAGCCUCUAGCAGACCUCCUGACUGAUAGUAUCCUAGAGGACACCAAUCCACCUGCCCCUGAUUGGUCGUAUGAUCCCAAUGAACCACGGUACUGCCUCUGCAAUCAGGUAUCCUACGGUGAAAUGGUUGGCUGCGACAACAACAAUUGUCCGAUCGAAUGGUUCCACUACGGCUGUGUGGGCAUCACAAACCCUCCUAAAGGAAAGUGGUUUUGUCCGCAGUGCACCGUAGCCAUGAAACGAAGAGAGAAGAAGGAUUCAAGCAACAAGAAAUGAAGUGCAAUAGUUUUUCUUUGGACAAUAAUGCUAGUAAAGACUCUUUUCAGAAGAGAGGACGAGGGCUUCACAGGCGCCAAAUCUUUACAGAAGACCUCCAUUGUUUUGUUGCUGUGCCAGUGAAGUUAAAAGGAAGAGCAGACGAUCUUGUGGAUGAUCAGAUGAUGAAGGCAAUGAUGUCAUUCUUGGACACUAGUCAAUGUACCAUAGACACACUGGUUGACUGAGUGGUACUUUGGGAUGUCAUGGCUGAGUGGUUUAGAGCAUCGAAUUCAAGUUCUGGUGGUUCAGAUCAUUGGAGUGUAGGUUCA